UGUCAACUACAACCUCACUUUUCAAAUUUAAUUCACUUCAGUUGCUUUCUCCUUGCAACUGAAUAUUCUAUUUUCAAUCUUGUUUUUAGCUCAGCUUUGUUGCUUUUCAUUCAGCUAAUUAAACUUAUUCAAAGUAUUGAAAAUGGAGAAGAAUAUUCUAAUGAACGAGUUAACUCAGGGCAAAGAGCUGACAGAACAGCUCAAGAAUCAUCUGAAUCCUUCUUCAUCGCCCGAAACUCGUCAAUUUCUAGUUGACAAGAUACUUUCUUCUUAUGAGAAAGCUCUGUCUUUGCUCGAUUGGGACGCUGUCCACCGUAAGCUCAUUACUAGCGAAUCGGAGUCACUGCAAUAUCCAUUCUCCGACAAUACCAGCCCCAGAAGCGAAAUCUCCGAUUGCAAGUUCAGAACUCAAAGAAAUGUAUUCAAGAAAAGAAAAACGCAACAAAGAUGGACGGAGCAAGUGAAAGUGUGUUCGGGAACGGGUUUAGAAGGGCCAACUGAUGAUGGUUAUAGCUGGAGAAAAUAUGGCCAAAAAGAUAUUCUUGGAGCUAAGUUUCCAAGAGGAUACUACAGAUGUAGUCACCGUCAUACGCAAGGUUGCUUGGCGAUAAAGCAAGUACAGAGAUCAGACAACGAGGCUUCAACGUUUGAAGUGACGUACAGAGGAAGACAUACAUGUGUUCAAGCUUCUCAUUUAGAUCAGAAUCAACAAGGCAUUCUAAUUAAAACUGAGAAUCUAGACACCAGGAAGGAGAUUUCGCCAUCGUUUUCGUUCCUAAAUGAGCGAAAUGAUUUCGUAGGUACCGUAUCUCCGACGUUUAUAUCUCCGGAGACAUCGGAAUCAAACUGCUACUCGACUUGCCAGUUUGACAACUUUGGAAUGGCCUAUAAUGUGCAAACUCCAGAAUCGGAACUCAAAGACAUGAUUUCACUCACUAAUUCGCCAGUUGGUCAUUUUGAUUUCAGUAAUUUGGACUUCGAAACCAAUUUCGAGUUCGGCAAUUUGGAACUUGAAUUCCUUGCUUAGUUUAGCAUGUUAAUUUGCAUGACUUUGUAGCUAGCAAGAAUUGACAGAUUGAUUAAACAGAUCAAAAUCCUUUACUGUUCAUUAGGUACCAAAUGGUCAUAUUUUGUAGUUCAUUUUCCAUUUAAUUUAAUAUGUAAUGAUUAUUGUAUUUAUUCAUAAUUAUUGAGCUGUACUCUCAGGUUAAUUCAA